GCCGAGGGAGCCGGGAUGGGGCUCGGGGGCUGGUGGCGGGCGGCGCGGGCCCUGCGGGCGGCGGGCGGCGGCUGGAGCCGGGCGGCAGCGCCCGGCCCCACCUGCCGCAGCCUCUGCGCCGCCGCGGCGCCCAGCCUCUCCUACCAGGAGCUCAAAGACUUGAAGAAGGCCAACGUCCUUCACAUUGACGUGCGGGAGAGGUGGGAGAUCGACAGGUUUGGGAAAAUCCCGGAGUCCAUCAACAUACCGCUGGGUGAAUUAAUGGAAGCUCUACAAAUGGACCCAACGGAGUUCAAGGAGCAGUAUAAUCAAAAAAUGCCAUCCAAGUCAGACCCUGUGGUUUUCUCCUGUUUGGCAGGAACAAGGAGUAAACAAGCACUUGGUUUUGCCAUGUCCUUGGGUUUCAGCAGAACUGGCAACUGUUUCAUUGAUCCAGCUACUAUUUCUUGCGUGAUGCUUGAGCUCCAGCAUGUCAUUUGGAAGAGUUACAGAACUCACUGCAUGGAAGCAGGCAGUAUUAGAGCAAAAGGAAUGUCCAUCUGGCUCAUUGAAGCUAGAGUUCAGCAGUAUGCUGGUGGCUUUGAUGACUGGGUAAAACAUGAACCUCCAGAAAAGAAAUGAAGAUGACAGCCCCAUCCCUUAUGCUAUCAAGGCUUCAGGAUGGUUUGUAGGUUUCAGCAAACCACAUGCAUUCCACUUGCACAAUAAAGCUCACUACUGGCUUCUUGUGUAAACGGACAUUCACCUUCAAACAGCCUGUGCAUAUCAACUGCUUGGUUUAAAUUAUGCCCAAAGACUAUGACACAAACAGAAAACAUUCAAUUUGCUCAACCUUUCAACCUUUACUUUGGGUUAUAUUUUUGGUGGAUGCAUGUGAAGAGAACCUAAGUGCAGAUUAUGUUUACUUUUUUUGUAUGAUGUAGUUUAUGACUGUUUGAACUAAUGAUGACAGGACAAAUAAAAUUAUUAUUUCUCAAA